AACCACCAAAGAAAUCAAAGAAAAAAAAAAAAACAGGUCUCAAAGACAGAAUGGUUUUGGUUAGUUCUUUGUCUGAUUUGCAACGUAGGAUGACGAAUUGCAUGGUUUAUGUUAAGAUAAUGUCCAUAUGGAAUCAUCCUCCAAAGAAUAGAGAUGAAAUUACAACCAUGAUCAUGGCUGAUGUGAAGGGGAAACGCAUGGAUGCUACAAUUCCAACAAGAGUAUACAAUGCAAAUUACAGAACAAAACUUAGAGAAGGAGAAUGGUACCUUUUGUCAGACUUUAAGGUUGUACUUCCUACAAGGAGUGUAAGGUACUCACAGCAUCCAUUUGAGAUUGAGUUUACCUGCAAAACAUCAAUGGACCAUGUUAGGUCUAGAUCCAGAUGGAAUUUCUUCCACGAAUAUGAUUUUCAUAUGAUCAAAAUUGCAAAGCCUGAGGAAAAAAAAUUUGUUGUUGAUACCAUUGGAUUGAUUCACAGUGUUGAGCCUGUGGAAAUUCUGCCUUGGGUUACUAGACCUGGUGAAUCACAUGAAGAGAAGAGAUACAUAACAUUCACCAUCAAGGAUACUUUGGGACGGUUUAUGAAUUGUGUUGCAUUAGGCAAAGCUGGUGAGGAUUUUCUUUUGCAAUGGGAAGAAAGGGUAAGUCGUGUGCAAUACACUCAUGAGAAGAUAAUUGCUUCACUUCGAUUUUGGAGGAUCUCUGAGUAUAAAGGUAACCCAUGCUUGCUCGCAGAUGAGGGUUGUUCUAGGACAUUUAUUGACCCAAAUUUCCCGGAUUUUGACCUAUCUCACUAUAUUUCUGCAUUCUCUAUUUCCGAAGAAGAAGAACUGAAUGAAGAGGUGGUUGAUUCCAACUUCUAGAUCAAUAUGAAGCAUGGAAUUACUUUUCUUACAAAUCUCAUUACAACGUAUCUUUUCAUGGCUAUGUAAUGCUUCUUUAAAUGUUUCUUUAAUCACUGGAAAACAUACAUCAGUGUUCUUAUUAUGUUGGUUUGAUAUUUCUCUAAUAACUUUUUCUUAAUUUU